GUGCCCACAGUGGCAAGUGAAAAGUUCGAAAACUCCUCGAAAGCCCUCCGACCGUUUCGUGGCCCUAGAUGGCGUUGCUCGAUCCCGUUUCACACCGAUUAUUCCCCUCUCGGGACCAGGAUCGCCGACCCUCGACCGUGUAAAUCCAGCAGAGAUUAAAACAGCGACGUCUCGACUAACAAUCGAGACCGUACGUGCCAGGGUUCGGCGGACCGUCCGACCCAAGAGGCCUUGGCCUGAUAAGGACGGGGUGGUCCAUCGUUGAAAAUGGCCGUCGGCAGCAACAGCAUCGGUUCGUCACACCUCUGACCGGAGCCCGGGGGCCGUGUGUUUUCAUGUUCUGAAACCAGCUGGAAGAGGAUGUCGAGCGAAAAGGUGGAAUGGGUCGAAAUAAUCGAGCCCAAGACGAAGGAGCACAUGUACGCCAACCUGGCGACUGGCGAGUGCGUCUGGGAUCCACCCGCCGGCGUGCCUGUAAAAAAGACUGAUAACAAACAAUGGUGGGAGCUUUUCGACCACAACACAGGCCGCUUUUACUACUACAAUGCGACGUCGCAGAAGACAGUAUGGCACAGGCCGCAGAACUGCGACAUCAUACCUCUCGCCAAGCUGCAGACCCUGAAGCAAAACACCGAACCCGUCGUCCCCGAGGAUGGAAACGACGUGAGCUCGACGGCAAGCUCUAGAAAGUCGAAAGAGAGCGUCGCAACGCAAACCCCGGGACGGUCCAUCCGAACCCUACCCCCUACGAACAUUAAGUUGAAUGAUAUAUUUUGUGGGAAGGCCGGGACGAGGGCGGUCAACAGCGCCGACAAGGCGAGCGAGGAGGAGUCGGCCGGGAGCCCGAGGACGUCGCGGCCGCACCACCACCACCAUCACCAUCACAGACACGGCGAAGGCUGCAGGUCUGGUGACGCGUCGAGGAACAGCCGCAGGAGCAGCCAGAGCUCUUGGAGGCGCAAUGCCCAAUCCCAGGUUACUAAAGAUUCGGGGAGGUCUUCAGAUUCGAGUAGCGUAUCAUGCCGCCAUCAGGAUAACAACACCAUGAACACGACGCCUUCGACGACGACAACACCUGGCGGCACUGUGUCCAUCAUUCCCGGUGUCACCAAACCGUCACUCGCUCCAUCGCCGUCGACCCCUCUGUUGAAAAAGCGGUCACCUGGUUCGAGCACGAAAGCCAAUAGCUUCGACACGAAUAUAAGCAUAGGUGGCGGUUACAGCCUCGGGCAGGAGAACAGAUCGACGAGCCGGCCGCAGAGAAUUCUGACCGGGAGCUCGUCGAACCACGGAAUAUCGAGGUCGCAGUCCUUCGCCCAGAAGCAGAGCACGGCUGUACCCGCCGAGGAGGAAGAGGACUCGAUGCACGAGAAGUAUUUCAUGUCCGGAAGGCGCUCCGUCGACAGCCCUAUGGAUAAAGAAAGCUCAGCCCUGAAGAAUCUCUCUGUGUCGAAGCUCAGCCCUGAAUACUCAAAUUUUAUUCCACCGCCUUUGAAAUUGCCUUCAGAUAAAAUUUCAUUGAGAGAUGUGAACAGCGAUGUAGAAGAGACGAACGGCGCUUGGGGCGUGAGCAGUUUCAAAAAGAGUGAAAGCAACUCUGACCAGGGUUCGACGCUCGACUCGAAACGUCUCAACCUUGCCCAGCUCGGCCAAGGUGUCGAAAACAUCGAUCGUAACAAGUCGAUCGAGGAGUGGCGCAGCAACGUCCCACUCGAGCCGCACAUACUCCCGCUCCACCAUUACAUACUCGAGCAGGCCAAGAUGUCAGGAUGCUACAGGUUCGGAGAGUUGCCUGAGGAGGAUGGUGAUGAGGACUCAUCAGUCGAAGAGGAUGAUGAUGGCCUACCGCGUGGAAGGGACUAUGACUCGGAUGAGUUUGCGGACGAUGAGGCUGUGCUGAGCAACCAGGACGAUUCGUCAUCGCGUGAGUUCAUACCGGAUGACAACCCGCCGUUGACGCCGCCUUGCCUCCAGCCGCCCGGAUACCAGCAGGGCAACCACACGUAUAUGAACGCCGGGCUCGGCGGUUACAUCCAGCCGCCGCACUACUCAGAUGCAGCCGACUACGCUGAAACGCCUUCGAUCAUAGAUCACAAUUCAAGCCUUUAUUGCAACACUAGGGUCUCCCAGCAUACUGUACGACCGAUAACUUCUGGGAGUGAAAGAGUUCCCACCGUACCGCUCGAGACGCAACACACUUCCCUGAAAAGGAUGAAAGAGCCGUCACCUCCCCAACAGCCCCUCUACUCACCGAUCCUUGAAAGAUCUGAGUAUUUUUAUUUUUAUUAUUUUCCAAAGUCGGCCGACGGUCGAAUUACAUCGGCCCAGUCUUUACCAAGUAGCCCCUCCCCGAUGUCGGCGACGUUGCAGUACGAACAGUUGUCGCGGUUAGUCUUAAACAGGGAGAGGAAGCUUCCAAGUGAUAGUGAUAUAGAAAAAUAUGCUCAAGAUAAUUUAAAUAUACAUAAAAAAGGUAUAUUCAGGAAAAAGUUCUCUGUGAGGGAGUUGCUGUCAUGGUCAAAGGAUCCGAUACGGAAGCCGAUGCUUGUCCUCUCGGAUAAAAACCUCAAGAAGGAAGCAACCGAGGUGUUCAAGAUGGUCCAGAUGUACAUGGGCGACCGCAAGGCAAAGCAGGGCGCCACGCAAGAGUCGGUCCUACUUGAGGUGUGCAACCUGGCUCACCAGAAGGCGGCGCUGCGGGACGAGCUGUACAUACAGAUUUGCCGGCAGACGACCGAGAACCCGAGGAAAGACAGCCUACGGAAAGGAUGGGAACUGAUGGCGAUCUGCCUCUACUUCUUUCCUCCUUCGCCGAAAUUCCAGUCUUACCUUGAAGGUUACAUGAACAAACAUAGGGACAAUUCUUAUGACAAAUUUCCGGAGGUCGGUAAAUGGCCUAUCCACGUUCAGGUGAGCCAUUAUGCGAGCGUAGCGUGCAAGAGGCUCGAGCGGAUCGGGUCGAACGGGAAAAGGCCGGUUCGAAAGCCGACGCUCGAGGAGAUCGAACAGGCUCGGGUGCAGAUCUUCAGGCCGAGCAUGUUCGGCUCGACGCUGGAAGAAGUGAUGGAACUGCAGAAGGGUCGUUUCCCGCAUUACAAGCUGCCCUGGGUCCAGACGACGCUUUCCGACGAGGUGCUCAGGCUCCAGGGGACACACACAGAAGGUAUAUUCCGAGUCUCGGCCGACAUGGAUGAGGUGACCAGCCUCAAACAGCAGCUUGACAAAUGGGAAAGGCCAACUGAGUACACCGAUGCGCACACGCCAGCCAGCCUUCUAAAACUCUGGUAUCGAGAGCUUUACGAACCUCUCAUACCCGACAACCUGUACGAGGACUGCAUAUCGUGCCACGAUGAUGCCGAACAAGCUGCAGCCAUCGUUGAAAACUUACCACACCUCAACAAAAUGGUCCUGGCAUACCUAAUACGCUUCCUACAGAUUUUCGCCAGGCCUGAAGUGGUUGCCGUCACGAAAAUGGACGCGAGCAACCUCGCCAUGGUGAUGGCGCCCAACUGUCUAAGGUGCUAUUGUCAAGAGCCGAGGGUGAUGUACGAGAACGCCCGCAAGGAAAUGGCGUUCAUACGUACGCUCAUACUCAACAUGGACACGGCGUUCAUGACUGGUAUACUGUAGUCGGCGGUGGCGUGGACGAGACCGUAUUUAUGCUUGUUCAUUUUUUCCUCUUCAUCUUUUUUCCUUUUUUUUCGGUAAAAGAAAAAAAAAUUGAGAAAAAACUUUUUUCAAAGAGGAAGAUAUUAAAAUAACAAAAACAAAAAACUUACCAAUUCUAGUACAUACCAAAGCAUAGGUUGUAAGGCUCGAUUUUUAUUAUUAUUUAUAAGACAAGAGUUUUCAUCUUAAAAGCGUUUAAGAAAAAAAGUAAUAAUAAAAUAAAUAUAUUAAAAAAAAGUAUAAAUGGAUUUUUAACAGUGAAAAAAAUAUAGUCGUAUAAGAAGUUAAGAAAGUUUAUAAAC